AUGUCACCAUUCACUGCUUGUUGCCGAGGCUUGUACAGCUGCCGCUGGAAACGUUCGAGGAAAGGCGGUGAAAGUCAAUAUGCAUGCUGCUGGUUCUCAGUCCUCAGUGUUGUCACAGUGCUGUCUGUGUCCUGGAUGUACAUCUGCGUGGUGACUUCAAACGACCGAGAGGAUGUCAACUGGAAGGGCUUUGUUAAACUGAAGCGUUGGGUCAACUGGUUCAUGGUACUGAUCAUCGCCUCGGCCUUGUUAACCAGCUACUGUGUGCUGUUGCUGCUUUUUGCCUUGUUCCAAGUUGCCUUGAGAGAACCACUUCACUUACAUUGGCUGCAUAAGUGCCUCCUGUUUCUCGGUUUGAGUUUCAUCACCCUCGGAAUCGUGGGUAUAAGUCUCCAGUGGAAGCGAGAGUGGCCCACGGUUCUUCUCUCGCUUCAGGCGACUGCUCCAUUCCUGCAAUUUGGUGCAGUUGGAGGCCUGGUUCUGCUCAGCCCAUUUGUCUUCAAUGGUUUCCACACAGCCAAAUCAAAAUGUUCUCACUUCCUAAUGGCAUCCGUGUACACUGCAGUGUCAGCAUCCAUCCUACUGUGUCCUUUACUCAUCAGCUCACCUUGUCUGAUGGAUUACGCCGACCUGCCUCAAAAGCCAAAACUGCUCGGCCACCGAGGCGCGCCCAUGCUGGCCCCCGAGAACACCUUGAUGUCAUUCGAGAGGAGCCUCCGAUGCGGCGUUGCGGCUUUCGAAACAGACGUGCAAAUCAGUAAAGACAGAGUUCCAUUCUUGAUGCACGACCAACAUUCGGGUUUCUUGAGGAGAACCACCGACGUCAAAGACAAGUUUCCGGACAAAGAUUUCAACGUGAGCACAGAGUUGACCUGGACGGACUUGCAGAGUUUGAAUGCGGGGGAAUGGUUCCUACGGACGGACCCGUUCCACUCAUUGUCGCAACUCUCUGCGGAGGAUAAAGAAGAAGCUCGGAAUCAGAGCAUCCCGUCGUUAUUACAGCUUCUGGGCCUUGCCAAGCGCCACAACGUCUCCGUCAUUUUUGACCUUUACAGUCCUGACCAGGAAAGAGACACGGUGGAUGUGGUCCGAACAAUCCUCAUGUCCGGUGUGGACCCCAGCCUGAUUCUAUGGCUUCCUCCUUCUGAACGAGCUUACGUAAAAACAGCCGCUCCAGGCCUGACCCACGUCUACAACGAUGUAGACAACAUGUUCAAAGAUGAAGGCAACCAUCUAAAUAUACAGUACAGCAAAUUGAGUGCGGCACAAAUUAGGGAACUGGUGGGAAAAAAUGUGACGGUGAACCUUUGGGUGGUCAACGAGUCGUGGCUUUUCUCACUUCUGUGGUGCGCGGGGGUCAGCUCGGUCACCACCAACGCCUGCCACCUGCUCAGGGACAUGGAACGCCCAAAUUGGGUGAUGCCCCAUCGGACAUACACAAUUGUAUGGAUUACGGUUGACGUGGCAUCGAUUGCUCUAAUAAUUGGAUUGUUUGUCAUCCAUCGUCAUUGCUGCCAAAGAAAAGUGUCAAAGAAAGAAAGGACAAACUUGUCGGCUUGGAAUGAGAAGGAGAGGUCGCCCUUUUUACCAGCAGUAUAG